AAGAUCGUUAACUGUUGUCUGGUCUUGGAAAGAACGUCAGCAAAUUUUGUUGUUUGAAUCAUGGCAGCCACACAAGUAUUGGACUCAAAGACAUUUUGUAUAAUCACAGGAGGAAGUAGAGGCAUAGGACGUGCCAUAGCAGCAACAUUAUCUGCGAAAUUUGGCCCAGGGUCAACAGUAGUCCUCACGGGACGUUCCACAGCUGAUCUCAACGAGACCCAGCGUCAAGUCCAGGCCGUUGCGCCCGGCGUGAACGUCAGUGUAGUCACCGCCGAUCUCGCAAAUGCAGGUACCCUGUCCGAAUCUCUUUCCAGUCUCACUGGAACGACAAACCCGUCAGAUUUUCAACAUGUCUUGCUCAUCAAUAACGCAGCAAGUAUCAAUGACAUGUCUAGGUAUAUGAAGCAGAUGACCGCCUCUGACGUGGAUUAUGUGCAGCAGUAUUUCAUGCUUAACUUGACGUCGAUGCUGAUGUUGACCUCGCAUUUCUUGCGGACCUUCCCAAAGAGGGAGGGGCUGAGAAGAACCGUUAUCAACGUGACUUCUCUUUGUGCCAUUAAGCCUAUGAAGACAAGCGGUUUGUACAACAUGGGGAAGGCUGCCAGAGCAAUGAUGGUGAGGACCUAUGCCAUUGAGGAACCCGACGUGCGCUUCCUGAACUACUCCCCGGGACCAGUCGAUACAGACAUGUAUAGAGAAAUCAUCAACAAGAGCAUUGACCAAGAGUUCAGAGAGAUGAUGAGGGAUCUGGAGACCAAAAACGUGCUCCUCAAACCUCAUCAAACUGCAGCCAAGUUGGCUGUCAUUCUGGAGGGAGACGAUUUCGAGUCUGGCGCGCAUGUUGAUUACUUUGAUGUCCCGGAUAAGGAGGAGAAUACUUCAUCUUGAAUUGUAAUCAUCUACUUUUAUUGGUCGGUUAAGAUGUCUAUUUAUAACGACGAAAAACUAUUGUUUAGCAAAUCUGAGACCCGUUUCAUAAAGGUGUUACAAUAAUAAUAAUAAUAAACACAGCAUUUAUUAUGCGCCAUCUAUCUAGUGAACUAUUCCGAGGCGCAGAGGGAUUGGGAAUUACAGAUAAAAUAAUUUGCAUAUGUAUGGGUGCAUGAAUAAAUGAAAUUAGCUAACAAUAUUUAACAAAAAUAAGAAGAAAACAGAUAAGAUUUUAGGUAUUUUUUAAAUGCCUCAAGUGAUUCUGCUGAUCGGAUCCUCAGUGGAAGAGCAUUCCAGAGAGAUGGAGCUGAUGAGGCGAAUGCCUUUUCUCCCAGAGUUAAAUUCGUUCUUUGUACAUUUAGCUGUUUAUUAGUAGAGGAUCGGAGAUUUCUUACGGGAAUGUAUUCAGAGAUUAGAUUUUGAAGGUAUAAAGGAGACUGACCAUGCAAUGUUUUCCAUGUGUGGUGUAGGAUUUUGAAUUCUAUUCUUAGAUACCGGUAACCAGUGAAGAUUUUUGAGAAUUGGAGUGAUAUGGGUGAAACGAGAUGUUCCACUGAGGACCCGAGCAGCAGAAUUUUGAGCAUGUUGCAGCUUGGCAAGUUGAUACGAUGUGAUCUUAAACAAUAAAGCAUUUCCAUAAUCAAUACGAGAUAUUACAUAUGAGUGAAUCACAGAUGCUGCAACUUUAGAUGACAGAGAUUUCCUAAUGCUAUGAAUAUUACGUAAUUUUAAGUAUACUGAUCGGCAAGUAGCUGUGAUGUGUGAUGACAUUGACAGCUCAGAGUCAAAAUGAACACCGAGAUUCCUACAACUGUUGUGACUUUGCCAUUAUGGCAACAACCAUGGCAACGGGGCUCAGCAGCCAAUCAUAAUCAAGGUUUCCAUGGUAGUUGCCAUAAUGGGAAAGUUACAACAGUUGUAACUCUUUAUGAAAUGGGGCCCCUGAUGUCCCCAAGGUGAUGUAUCAUACUUUCAUCAGAGUUUCUCUCUUAAUCAUGUUCCACUUUAAAAAUUAUGUUCCCCGAUACCUAAAACAUAUUAGCACUGGCAAGUAAUACAAACUAGAGUUAUAAGCUACUGAAAAUCAUGUUAUUUGAUUGGCUUUAUAGAAUUAUAGUAGUAUUUGUAAUUGAUAACAAGCUUAAUGAAAUUAUUCUGCACUUGUACCUGUUCUCGUACUGUGCAUGUUAUCAUUGAACUUCUCUGACCCACUUGUGAAGAAUUUUUGAUUCUGCCCACCAUAUCUUUAUACAAUGCACAAAUAUUUCAAGGAAUGAGGGUAGUCUACUCUGCCAACCCUUCACUCGAGUUUAAAGGGUCUGAAUACCCAGCCUACAUUGACUUGUGUAAAGAAGGCCCUCUUGCUCAAAUUGAAACAGCAAGUUAUAUGCUAGUCUUGUGCAAAGACCCACUUGUUGAUCAAAGUUUCAAUCAGGGUCUGUGCCUGCAGACUAGAAAACAAGACUUUCUGUCAGUCUUUAACCCAGCUGUGUUAUUCAAUGUGCAUGUACCCAUAUCUGUGUAUAUCUGUGUUGGUGAUUUUCAGUGUAUUUAUUUCCAAGCAACAAGUAUUCAUUAUUUCAAAUGUUUGGCUUGCAUAACCUAUGUCAUAAUGAUAGAAAUAAUAAUACUAAUUAAGUGAAUUAACAUUAUUCUGUCUGUGAUUUUCAAUUCAAAAUAGAUUAAACCUUGAUUUCAAAGAUUUUCUCUUGAAAUUGUUGCUCACUUAAUUGGUCAACUAGAAUAUGGACUUUAAAGGAUUAUGACAACUUGACAAGUAUUUAUAACUAUAUUACAGGGUAAUUGGGUAUAGCUGCUUAAAAGUAGGCCUACAGUAGUUUUAUA